AUGUUAACGAGAGGUUUGCCCUUUUCAUCUUGUUGAAAAAUACAUCAGGUGGGUCCCUUUCCCUGCUGUCUCGUUUAAAUCACAGCGAUCUGCUUGGCCGAUUUCUGUUCUUCGCGUCUUAUAAUCGUACUCAUAUAUUCAGACUCACACGAUACUCGUAGCAGCAGACACUACCACCUUCUCUCCCUCUAACGAAAUUUCUGUAUCUGCUUUUUCUUUCAUUUCUUGAAAUGGCUUCAAGUGCUACUUCACUUUGCUGCCCACCACUCAGAAGCUCACGCGCCGCCGUUCUCCACCAAUGUCAGCAGCUGAACCCUAACAGACUCUCUUUUCCAAUCAACUUCAACACCGCUAAAAGAACAACGAAUCUCACUGUUCAACGCGUGCCUCUCCCUCUCAAGGUUCUCUGCGGUCGCGGAAACCGAGCUACAGCUGUUACUCAGGACUCUUGGGAGAAUUCAAUUUUGAAAAGUGAUAUUCCUGUUCUUGUUGAAUUCUAUGCAAGUUGGUGUGGGCCUUGCAGGAUGGUUCAUCGAGUAAUUGAUGAGAUUGCAGCAGAGUAUGAUGGGAAACUCAAAUGCUUUGUGCUUAACACAGACAAUGACCUGCAAAUUGCUGAGAACUAUGAAAUUAAGGCGGUGCCAGUUGUUCUACUUUUCAAGAAUGGAGAGAAGCGAGAGUCGGUGGUCGGUACCAUGCCAAAGGAAUUCUAUAUUGCUGCAGUUGAGAGAGUUAUGCAGUCGUGAACUUGGUUCAGUGCAUGACUUGAACAUGCGUUACAGUCAAUCAAUUGUGUUUGGUCAGGUAUCAUAAUGCCUGGUGUUCAUGAAUUGCUUUUUCAGUCAUCGAGUGACAUGGUGUGAAUAGUGUUAUAAAAUUUACCCCUGCUGGUUAUCUCUUUUGGACUUGUGGUGGUGGACUUUGUCUCACCUUUUCUUGGUUGAGAAUCUUCUGCUACCCUACCUGCUGUGAAUAUGUCAUUGAUUUUUUUCUUGCCCAUGCUGUAUAUCUGGGGGUUUUAUUUCUAUGGAAAAUCAAGGAUUUGACUAUAUUUUGAGCUUAAAACUGUACUGGCGGCAUGGCAGAUCUGUUCUUUAUGAUCUGCUGGAGAUGGAUUGGAAAUUUCAUGAGAUUAGAACUUUGCUUCCCUAUA